AUGCCGCGGGGGCUCCCCUUCGCCGUCGACACGUGGGGUCCCUCCUCCCGGCGCCGGCGCCACCGCUUCCUCACCCACACGCACCGGGACCACCUCGUCGGCUCCGGUGUCGACAUCGACGGGGACGGCACCGUCUACGCCACCCGCCUCACCCUGCACCUCGCGCUUCGCCACUUUCCCCAGUUGGGAAGUUGGGAGUUCGUGGAGAUGGAGGUGGGGAGGACGGUGGUGCUGGAUGAUCCCACCGGCGCCUUCUCUGUCACCACGUACGGCGCAAAUCACUGCCCUGAAGUGUUCUUCUGA